UGCAUUAAAGCAGAGGACAACUGCGGGGGGCUGCAGAAAAGGAAAGUGAAGUUAUUUUUUUAUGUCGCAUUGCCUUUCUGGACACCCGGGAUUCUGAACGCAAGCUCUCAGACUUACAGCCCCUGACAGGUCACCAGGUGAGCCGCGUGGGCGGAGCUUAGGGCGGGUUCUGCCUGCCCCUACACCAAUCAGUGUUCCGGAGACCCUUCGCGCGAAGACCUGAUUGGUUGUGGCUGUUACAAAUGCGCGGCGCUCCCAGGGCGGAGUCCGCCCCACGGCCUGAAGGGGGCGCGCCAAGGCCCAAGGCCACAGUUCCAUGGAGGGGGCGGCGGUGGCCCGGGACCUGCUAGCUUUAGGAUAUGGGGCUCUCCCGGAGAUGGUGUGUCGGGGCGCCUGGUGUCCAGACUUCAGGGCGCUGUGCGCGCGGCUGGCGGCCGAGCUGGCGACUCUGGGCGCCCUGGAGCAGCGAGCGGUAGGCGGCGAGGUGCUGAGCGCCCGCGACGGUCCGGCCGCGGAAGACGAGUUCCUGCGACAGUUGGCUGGCCUGCUGCAGACGCUGCACUGUCCCGACCGCGCGCUCUGCGGGGAAGGGCGCGCGCUCGCGCUACGGGAGCCCGGCGCGGGCCCGCGCCUGCUGCGUUUUCUCUGCUCUGAGCUCCAGGCUGCUCGGCUUUUGUAUCUGCGAUCCUGGCAAGAUCUCAGCCCUAUGCCACCCUGUAGGGAAGGAACAGAGGGAACUGGUGUGGUCCAGGAACUAUUGCUCACCCACCAAGCUCUGGGGCUCCCUAAACCUAUGCCAAGAACCCCUGCCAGCCAGCUACUGCGAGAGAUGCAUGCCAAGAUCUUGGAGCUCCUGCCCUCCAUGCCUCCAGGGUCCAUGCAGCCCCUCCUCCGCCACCCACUGGAUUCACCACAGUGGGAAGCACUGGAGUCCCUGUCCCAAAGCCUGACAGAGCAGUAUGGCUGCCGCCGCUGCCUCCUUCUCAAGCGCCUGGACCUCACGACAGCUGCGUUCCACUGGAGCCAUCGAGCAGAGACCCAAGGAGAAGCCAUGAAGGCAGUGCUCAUCCCACUUCGAGAGCUUCUGACCCCAGAAUCAGAUGUCUCCGUUGCACAUGUUCUCGCUGCCCGGGCUGACCUUUCUCGUCUGGUUCCAGCCACCAGUGUGGCUGCCCGCCGGGGGACCAGCUGCGCCAUCAACAAGGUGCUGAUGGGUAACGUGCCAGACCGGGGAGGCCGCCCGAAUGAGCUGGAGGCACCCAUGCCAAUCUGGCAGAGGCGAAGGGAAGAUGGAGGAGGAUGGAAGGCAGGCCACCAGCGCUGGGGUCACAAGAAGAAGAAAAAGAAGUAAAGGGGGCUGGGGAAAUGAGGAUGCAUUGGUCAUCUUUGGGGAGUCAGUUUGGCAGUUGGUACCUGUCACCCAGCCCCUGUUCUGUAGGUUCCCCUCCCCCCCGGAUGUGCCAUACCUCACACAUAUCAUUCACCACCAAGAACCAUGCUCUCUGGAAAAUAAAUUUAAUUUUUUUUGAUA